AUGAGUAGUAAUACAAAGAAUAAUACCUCAAACAAUGGUGGUAUCAAAAUAACGGAUAUUGAUUAUAACAGAUGUUCAGACGAAGUAACUUAUGAUAAUUCAGUUGAUAAUCGAAGUAAUAAUACUACUGGCAAUUCAUCGCCGUAUUCCAAUAUCGAUGCAUCUAAAUCGGUUACAUGUGACGAUCAUGAAGGAGUUGAGAUUGAUAGUCAUCGGUUCAAUAUAGAUAGUGAAAAUGAAAUUGAGAAUGAACUUGAGAAUGAAGUAGGUCUCACGGAUCGUUUGGAUAACGCAAGGUUUGCAUGGGUUAAUAAGGAUUAUUUAAAGGCCAAUACUGGAUUAAUCUUACUUAUCAUUGCUGAAUUGUUUAAUUCUAUUAUGAUUGUCUCUACGAAAUUAUUAGAAACAAACCCAUCACGUAGUGAGGAAGAUACUAUAAAACCUUUACAAGUCCUGUUGGUAAGAAUGUCAAUCACAUAUCUGUUCACGUUAAUAUACAUGUACAUUAACAAAGUCCCCCAUGCACCAUUUGGUGAGAAAUCUAUUCGACAUUUAUUAAUCUUCCGUGGAUGUACUGGGUUCAUCGGAGUAUUUGGAUUAUAUUUUUCAUUAAUGUAUUUAACCAUUAGUGAUGCAAUUUUGAUUCGAUUCAUUGUUCCAACAAUCACGGUUUUUUUAGCAUUUAUUGUAUUAAGGGAAAGAUUUUCUUUUAAGGAAAUGGUUGGUUCAAUAAUAUCAUUCUGUGGUGUCAUUUUAAUCAUUAGACCCAAAAGCAUCUUUGGUAAAUACUCUGAUACUGAAUCCGCCUUAGGUAGUGAUGGAGAGAACGAUAACCCUGUUACUAGUGAUUAUAAUCAACGAUUAGUAGCCAUCAUGGUUGCACUAUUUGGAGUGGUUGGGGCAUCUAACGUAUAUAUAAUUAUUCGGUAUAUUGGGAAACGAGCACAUGCAGUUUUAAGCGUGGCAUAUUUUUCAUUGUUAACCACCAUCGUAUCAUUCUUGGGGAUUCUAACAAUCCCCAGCAUGAGAUUCCAAGCUCCUCGUGAUUUAAAAGAGUGGUUAUUAAUGGGUAAUCUUGGAUUAUGUGGGUUUAUUUAUCAAUUAUUACUGACAAUGGGGAUUCAACGUGAAAGAGCCGCAAGAGGUUCAUUAAUUAGUUAUUUACAACUAUUAUUCGCCAUCAUGUGGGAUGUUUCGCUAUGGGAUAAAUGGCCCAAUUUUUUCUCAUGGAUGGGGAUGGUGGUAAUUAUAAGUAGUACGAUAUGGGUGAUUCGAGCCAAACAAGAACGACAAGAAAAACAACACGAUCUGGAAAUCAGAUUCGAGGGGAUCUGUAUGGAGGAUGUGAAUGCAAACAGUGAUACAUAA